UUAAUUCAGGUGCAUUGUGGGAGAGGACUGGUGAUUGACGCGGCGGCCAUUUUGCCGCUGGCCGCUCGGCUCCCAUUGUGUGUGAGAGAUAGUAAACAGAGCGAGUGGAGGAAAAGCUGCACACGGUUUACCGCCUCAAAUUCAACGCACUCGCCGCAGGUGACUGAGUAACAAUGGCCCGUACCAAGCAGACCGCCCGUAAAUCGACAGGAGGUAAAGCUCCCCGUAAGCAGCUGGCCACUAAAGCUGCCCGCAAGAGUGCGCCCUCUACCGGAGGAGUUAAGAAACCUCACCGCUACAGGCCCGGUACUGUAGCUCUGCGUGAGAUCCGUCGAUACCAGAAGUCCACUGAGCUGCUGAUCCGUAAGCUGCCAUUCCAGCGUCUGGUCAGAGAAAUCGCUCAGGACUUCAAAACAGACCUGCGUUUCCAGAGCGCCGCUAUUGGAGCUUUGCAGGAGGCCAGCGAGGCGUACUUGGUGGGUCUUUUUGAGGACACCAACCUGUGUGCCAUCCACGCCAAGCGUGUCACCAUCAUGCCCAAAGACAUCCAGCUGGCCCGUCGCAUCCGUGGGGAGCGUGCUUAGGCUCUCCUCUUCCCGCUCCUUUCCCUCUUUUUCGCAUUCUCUCUCUCUCUUUCUCUCUGUCUCUCCCCCUCUCCACUCGUCUCCUCCCUCUUUCUUGGUAGAGUUUAGAGUAUCAGCGACGGGGAGGCCAAUGUGUUUCAGUCUACUAGUGCUGUCUCACUGACGCGUAGGGUACCUGUAUGUGCAUGUAACAGAUGCUGCUGAUCACCUGCCCACUCGCACUCGCAAACAUUUAUAUAUACAUAUACAUACAUGCAUAUACAUUCUGGCGCACGCACGCUGAGUACAUGUAUACACAUAGUUGGAGCAUAAACGAGGUCCACCCUUGCCAAGCUUGGGGUCUUACACAGACGUUUACGCACACACACACAUGCACACACAAACACACACACAUACACACACACAGGAAGAACAGAGGUGUGGUUUCUGGGGUUAGUCUGCUUAAGGGGAGCGGCAACUUCCACAGCAGGGUGCUACUAAAACUGCCCCAGGCCACCUUUACAUAAUUUUUACACACCUGUACCUUCAUACCUGUACCCAUACACUUAUUAACACACACCUUAAUGUCCUUUAUCUUUAUAGCCUCGUCUUUACAUCUGUACUAAAUUACUUGUACCAUCAUAUCUAAACCUACACCUUCGUACCUGUACCUACACACCUUUACACACCUACACACCUGUUUUUGUCCAGCUUAAUACACCUCAGCUGUCCUUCAACGUCCCUUAUGUCACCACCUGUUGGCAGAUUUGUGUUUGGGUGUAUGUGGGUGUACAUGCAGGUCCAUUUAACCAUCCUCCCUAACCCAACCCACCUCCACCCCCCUUCCAACUGUGUGCGCGUGUGGGUGAUGUGAUCAGCAAAGCAGAAUCGUAUUCAACUGCAAACCAGCAUCUAUUGGUUAAAAGUUAUAAUAUUGAUGAUUACUAUUAUUGUUAAUAUGGUGUCUUUUUUUUCUAUGAUGCAUACACAUGACUUGUUUUACCACUGUUAGAGAAAAAAAAGAGCAAAACUACAGAAAAUUUGAAUGAAUUUAUGUUUUUUUUUUCUAAACUUUUUUUUUAUCAUAGUGAUUGCCGAUCCUGCUCCUCCUGUUAUAACUUCAGGCAGCCACAGGGGGGCGCUCUAAACCAGCCUCUCAUUCACUCUUCUUUACACUUUUUCAGACAUCUCUUUUUUUUUCUCUCUCUCUCUUUCUCUCCUUCUGUCUCUCUUGCUCCUAAUGACCUUUUUCUUUUUUUCCACAGAUCGGCAUUUGUCACGAAUUGUAGCAAAAAAAAUGUCACGUUUAGUUUUGGAGUGUUUCACUCUUUGUGUAGACUUUGUGUGUUGCUCCUCUGUAUUUCUCGCUCUCUCGUUGUGAUACACAGUAUAACUUCAUGUUUCUGUUUAUUUUUCGUAUUCAGAAAUUUAAAUAAGCUGAUCUUUGUAUUUUCCAAAUUUCUCAUACUAUGGUGGUAAUAAAUAGAUGUUACACAA